AUGAUAGGCAGGAGAGUUAAAAGGACGCGUAAAUGGAAUGAACAGUCCUUAAAACAGGCAAUGGAAUGCGUUGAAGAAGGUCGAAUGAAUGUGUUUCAAGCCUCCCUCUAUUUUGGAAUUCCAAACUCAACGUUAAGACACAGAUUGUUGAAGUCUAAUCCAAGAGAACCGUACGAAGUGCCGAAUGAAUAUUUUGUAGCGUCGUCCAUGGUAGACAAUGCAAUACCACGUUGCGCAGAACUAAUAUUGUUGCAUCACAUAAAACAGCUACGAAAAUUUGGAUUUGCACCCGACCAAACCAUUGUUAGAAAUUGGGCUUUACAAUUGGAUAAAAAAUUAAAUUUAAGCGACAAGUUUAAUGAUGAGAGCGAAGUCGAAUACGAUUGGAUUUGUUCGUUUUUGCAGCGCCAUCCAGAUUUGUUGGUCAGAGAAGCUACAGAAAUCUCCAUCGCUGCUGUUAUUGGUAUGAAUCGAAGAAGUCUGAAAUAUUAUUUUACAUUACUGGACAACGUUUUAACCGAAAAUGGACUCCACGACAAGCCUUCUAAUAUCUUUAACAUGGACGAGAUCUACGUGCAACUACACACUAGACCAAAAUACGUGUUGGCUGCAAGAGGGUCGAAGAAUAUGUUGUCGUUGACACCGAAUAAAAAGGGUGAAACAAUUUCGAUCAUUGCUUGCUGCAACGCAGAGGGGAUGUUCCUCCCACCUUACGCAAUAUUUAAAAGUGAAACCGAGAAAGAUGAAUAUCUAGAUGGAAUGCCGUCUGGUUCUCAAAUUGUCACGACGGAAACAUCGUUGGCGUAUGUCGACGAUACCAUUUUUAAGAACUGGUUAAAGACACAUUUUCUGCCUAGAAAACCAACCGAAACAGCGUUGCUGAUCGUAGAUGGUCGUACUCACCACAUUAAUUCAUUGGAUGUAUUGGACUUCUGCGAAAGGCAGAAUAUCAUUCUAUUUUGUUUACCGAGUCACGCGAGUCGUUACCUGCAGCCACUAGAUAGGGAAUUCUUCAAAUCGUUCCAAAAUAACUACUUCGUGGCUUGUAAGAAUUUUCAAACGACAAAUUCAAAUAAUACAAUACACUUUGGCAAACUUCUCUCGCAAGCUUGGAGUAAAUCUGCAACUGUGGCGAAUGCAGUGACCGCUUUUAAUGUUACAGGCAUUUCACCCUUUAAUCCAGAUGCCAUUACAAGUUACGCGUGCACCGCUAUAGAAAUGGAAGAAGAUGCAGCAGCUACUGCAUCAUACAAUUCGAUUUAA